AUGCAGACUGAAAGCGAAGAGCCAUCAUAGUUGAUAAUUAACAGAAUAAUAUUGGAUAAUUUUAAAAGUUAUUAUGGACAUUUAGAGAUUGGUCCAUUUCAUCAUUAAUUUACAAGCAUAGUUGGGCCAAAUGGUUCUGGGAAAUCAAACUUAAUAGAAUCAUUACUCUUUGUCUUUGGUAAGAAGGCUUCAUGGAUGCGUCUAUAGAAAAUUCAUUAAUUAAUACAUAAUUCUGCUGAACAUAGAGAUGUAAAGAAAGCCUCUGUUGAAGUUUAAUUUAUAGAAUAGAGCGGGAAUAAUCGAAGUCAUUUUAGUGUAAAGAGAACAGUUCAUCAUACAGGAUAAUCAAAUUAUGAUAUAAAUAAUAAACACGCUACUUUAGAAGAGGUGACAACAUUAUUGAAAUCAAAGGGAAUAGAUCUUACAAAUAAUAGAUUUCUUAUAUUAUAAGGAGAAGUUGAAUAAAUUUCAUUGAUGAAACCAAAAUCAGGAGAUUAAGAAAAGCCAGGAUUAUUGGAGUAUCUUGAAGACAUAAUUGGAAGUAAUCAAUAUCAAGAAUAGAUUGAUAAAAUGACAGAAGAAUAUUUAUAAUUAGAUGUAUAGAGAAGAGAAAAGGGAGAAAUGAUGAGAGUAGUUGAAAUGGAUCUUGAAAAAUUAGAGCCAGGAAAGGAUAAAGCUGUAGAAUUAGUUAGAAAUGAAAUAAAGAAUUCAUAAUUGUAAAAUGUUUAAUAAUAAAUUGCUAAUUAUAAAGUAUAGACUUAAAUAAGUAAAUGUAAAGAGAAUAUUACUUAAAUUGAUGAAAAUUUAAAAAUUACAGCAUAAGAAUCUAAGGAUAAAGUCAAAGAUCAUGCAGAUACUUUAAAAUUAAUGAAAAUAGCAUAAGAUAAAGUUUAAAAAACUAGAUAAAAACAUUAAUCAAUUAAAGCUAAAGUUGAGGAGUUGUAAGCAAAAGAUACACAAAAUAGAGAAGAAAUUAAUAAUUUAACUUCAUAAUAAAAUAGGUUUAAAAAGAAAUUAGAUGAAUUAGAUUAAGAAAGGAGUAAAUGUAUAGAUGAAGUUGAAGAUUUAAAAAAAGAAAUUCCAGUAUAAGAAAAAUCUAUAAAGACUUUAAAAUAAGAAAAAGAAGAAUUAGAAGAAAUAGUAUAAAAAAUGAAUUAAUAACAUUAAUAAGAAGUUAGAAAAUUAGUAGAUAAGAAGUCUAAUUUAUAAAAUAUAAUAUCAGAACCAACAUUAUAAAGAAAUCAAUAUGCAAAAGAUUUAGAAAUAACUAAAAAUAAAUUAAAUUAAUUAAGAUCUCCUGAAACAGAUGGAGGAAAAGGUAUUUAAAGUAGUUUAAGUGAUUGUGACAAUAGUAUUAUGUAACUUAAAGAAAUAGUAAAAACACUAAAUUAAACAAUUGAUGAAAUAAAAAAUAGAGAAAAAAUGUAAAUAGAGAAAUAGACACAAUUAAAAAAGGAACUUAAAUAGAAUGAAGAAUAAUUAUAAGAAGUUCAAUAAUAAAUAGAUGGAUUUUCAAUUUAAUAAAAUUAAUAGAAUGAAUAGAAUGCAACAAUUAGAGCAAUUAUGACAGCUGCAUAAUAAGGUUAAUUAAAAGGAGUGAUUGGUAGAAUUGGUGAUUUAGCAUAUAUUGAUUAAAAAUAUGAUAUUGCUAUAUCUACUGCAUGUGGAAAAGGAUUUGAUUCAAUUUUAGUUGAAAAUUAAUAAGCUGCAGAAGCUUGUGUAAAUUUUUUAAAAUCAAAUAGAAUAGGUAGAUAUACAUUUGUGUCUUUGGAUGUUGUUAAUAAAAUGAUUAAUCAAGAUAUGAUGUAGAAGAGAGCUUAAAAUCCUAAUUAAACUGAAAGAUUAUUUGAUUUAAUAUAGGUUAAAAAAUAAGAAUAUUAAGCAGUAAUAUUUAAAAUUGUAGGUUAAACACUUGUAUGUGAAAAUAUUGAUUUAGCUAGAAAAUUAAAAUUUGAAUAAAAAAAUCCAAAUAGAUUUGUAACACUUGAUGGAAAAUUAAUUGAAGCUAAUGGUGUAAUGAGUGGAGGUGGAUAAUAAAGAAGAGGUGCUUUAAGUGCAAAUAAUAAAAAAUAAGAUUUAAAUCUCUCUAAAAAUAAUUAAAAUUAAUUAGAAGCCAUGUUAAAAUAAUUUUAAUAAAACAGAUAGUUAUUUGAAUAAUAAUUAAUUAAAGUAGAUCAUGACUUAUAAACUUUGAUUAAAGAUGGAAAAAUAAUAUAAGAAAAAUUAGAUUAAGCUUCUUAAGAUUUAAAAUUUUAAUAAGAUUUAAAAUAAGAUUUAUAAUAGAAAUUAGAAAAUGUAAAAAAAUUAGAAUAAGAAAGAUCUGAUAUUGAAAAGUAGAGAAAGGAAUAUGAAAAGUAAAUUUUAAAUCAUUAAGGCAAUAUUGAUAAUAUUGAUAAAAAAAUAUCUAAAGAAAAGAAAUAAUUAGAAUAAAUUGAAUAAGAAAUAUCUGAGUCUGAAAAUAAAGAACUGAAAUAAAAUAAAGAAAAAUUGUCAUAGUUGACAGUGAAAUUUGAUAAAGAUGAUGGAGAAUUUAAAAAAAUGUAAACUAGAUUAGUUUUUUUGGAGAAAAAAUAGAAGACAUUAGAUAAAGAUGAAAUAAAAAUUAAAGAAGAUUUAGAAAAAAUAGAAUAGAAAAUUAAUUAGAUAAAUUAAGAAUUUAAAAAUGCUGAAGUUUAGAUGAUUGAAGCAUUUGCUUUACUAAAAAUCACUUUAGAAGAUUAGAAAAAUGCAGAGAAUGAUUAUAAGGAAACUUAAGCUAAGAAUAAAGAAUUUGAUGAAUUAAUAACAAGAUUGAAAGAGAAAACUAAUAAAUUGAAAUAAGAAAAGGAGGAAUGUAUUUCUGCUAUGAAAAAAGCAUAAGAUGAAUUAAGUGAAGGAUUAACAAAAUUAGAAUAAAUAAGAUUGAAUUAUAAGGAGAUGUAAAAUGAUUAUGAAUUUUUGAAUGAAUUAGAAGAGAUAGCCAAUUGGAGAUUAUAAGAGUAAUAAUAAUAAUAAUAAUUUCCUUUAACAACAGCAAAUUAGAAUUAAUCGAUGUUAAAUAUCAGCGUAAUAUUUAAAUUUAUAAUAGUUUAUUGAUUAAGGAGAUGAAUCAUUUGAUGAUGGACGAAAGAGAGGAGCAACUUUAGCAAUAGACUUAAAGGCAAUUUUAGAGAUAUCAGUUACAUAAGAAUUAACAGAGGAAUAAACAAUUUAAUUUUGUCCAAUAGAGAAAGAGAUUGGGAGAGUUCAUGCACAUAUAUAAGCUUAAAUAAGAGAAAUUACAAAGGAUGCAAAUAUAAAAGAUAUUUAAGAAUUUAAAAUAAAGUAUUUGGAAUACAAGGCAAAAAAGAGUGACUUUGAUUAGACAAAGCAAUAAUUAUAAUAAUAAAAAUAAAAGAUUGAUUAAUUAAAAAAGGAAAGAUAUGAUUUAUUUAUGCAUGGAUUCAAUGUAAUAGGAUCAAAAUUAAGAGAGACUUAUCAAACAUUAACAAAUGGAGGGGAUGCUGAAUUAGAAUUAGUAGAUACUAUGGAUCCAUUUAGUGAAGGUAUAAGUUUUAGUGUAAGACCAAAGAAUAAAUCUUGGAAAUAGAUGUCUAAAUUAUCAGGAGGAGAAAAGACAUUAUCUUCAUUAUCAUUAAUAUUUGCACUACAUUAUUAUAAACCUACACCAUUAUAUUUCUUUGAUGAAGUGGAUGCAGCUUUAGAUUAUAAAAAUGUUUCUAUAGUUGCCAAUUUUAUAAAAGACAGAACAAAAAAUGCUUAGUUUAUUGUGAUCAGUUUACGUAACAAUAUGUUUGAAUUAGCUAAUAAAUUAGUAAGUUUUUAUAAUAUAAUAUUAAGAUUGGCAUAUAUAAAACAUUUGACACAACCAAGACUAUAUAAAUUUAACCAGAAUUAGUGUAGAUGAAAAUAAAUUCUUAUAAUGAAAACAAUGAAAAUAUUAAUUAAAAUAGAUGA